AUGGGCUGUGAAAGCACGAUUUUACGGAAGCACGUAACCGAAGGCGGCGAUUCGGCGUCGCUGGAGUCCCCGAUUUCGCGAAUAGACGAUGCGAUCGUCGCGAAGAUCCUGCAGAAGCUUCGCGAUCGCAAGGACGUCGUUUCCGCUCUCUGCGUCUGCAAGGCAUGGCGCCGCGUCUCUCCAAUGGCCGUGCGCCACGUGUCCACGGUCUUCAAUCCCGUUCAAGCGCACUCCACUCUCUUCUUGGCUGACGUCAGCAACCGUGGGUUCGUCGCGCAUCGCGAUCCUUCCAUUAUCGAGGGCUGGACGGCGAUCACAGCGCCGGUAAAAUCCAAUAGCAUUCUGCCACGUGGCGAAGAAUCGCGGCUCUCCCACGGCCUGUGGAGUUCCCCGAAGGAAUGGUCGCGAAACCAGGUUCGGGAGCUGGUUCGGCAGGUCCCCAACCUGCUGUCCGUCGGCUUGGCAUGCCGCGCGGAACAUCUGGGCCCGAUCCUAAAGAUCUUAGGAGGUGAGGGGAAGAGCCGUGCCGCUGGUAGCAGCAUCGUCGGUGGCGCAUGCACGGAGAGAUGCGACGAAGGUUUAAAGCCGGUCGGUGGUGGAUUGAAGUCGCUCGAGUCGUGCGCCUUAGAGGUCGUGUCGCGACCCGAUGUGAGAGGCACGGGCGGGUUAGCCGAAGGCCUGGAGGCAAUAGCGAGAGGCUGCCCGCGACUCACGGCGCUGCACCUGCAAGGAAGGUUCGUCGUUCUGAACGAGCUCGACAGCAUCGGUAGCGGCGGCGGCGGCGGCGGGGACGGCGAUGAUUGCGGAGGCAACAGCAAUAUUUCUCUUCCAAGGAUCGUAGCGCGCUGCUUUUCCCGCCUCACCAGCCUUGCUCUCCCGCUCGUGUUUCUUCCCAAAGCGUUUCUCUUAGCUAAGUGUCUCAAGCGCCUCUCACUCUCGCUCUCCCUCCCCGCGGAGCCUCUCCUCCAAUCCGGAUCGCCCUUCUCACAUCUCACCUGCCUCGAGUCGCUCUCCCUAACGAUCACUUAUCACCCGCCGCCGCCUGAUCGCGUAUCGCCUGAUAGCGUAUCACUCACUCCGCACGAGCUCCACGUUAUGGCCGGCCUACAGCUGCCGACGCAGCUCGACGCAGCGCUGCCGGCCUCCCCUGCCGUCCUCUCGUCGGCCCUUUUUGCCGGCCUCGCGCCGUCGCUGACCUCUCUCUUCUUCAAGCACCAUGCUCCUAAAGGAACUCCCUACAACGAGGACGAGCCGACUCGCCACGCAGGGAGCCGCCGCCACGCCACAUCAGCAGUCAUCCCCGAGUCGCUGUGGUCGCUGACUGGCCUGGAGUCGCUCCGGCUGGAUACCGGGUCGUGCUGUAGCGAGUGUGACUGUAACGUGUACUGCCACGUGGCGCGUAUGAGCCGUCUCACGACCCUCGAAGUCCUCGCGCCGCUCGCAGCCCCUCCGAUUCAGGACACGGACUCAAACGGCGAAGUGCAUGCAGCCGGCGCCACCCACUGCCCCUUCUCCCACGCCGCCUCCUCCGCCACUCUACCCGCCUUCCACCCCCAGGUCCUCUCUCACGCACCAACCAGCCCCGUGGUAACGCCAGAAGAGGCGACUUUUGAGUCGCCUCACUCACCUCUCGCCUCCUCCAUCCCGCCUCUCAUCCCCGCAUACUGUGCGCACUCCCCUCCCUCAUCUCUUCUCUCCCACUCCUCUCAAUCUUCCCUCCCCCCGCGCUCUCCGCUCGCGGACCUCAGCACGCUGCAGCUAGACAUCGCCUACCUCCUCCUCCCCUCGUUUGGCGCACACCUCCCUGCAGUCACCCGCCUCUCCCUCCACUCCAUCCGCUUCUGUCACACCCGCGCCUGCCCCUCCGCGCUCCUCGCCUCCCUCUCCGCCUUCCCCUCCCUGCGCCACCUCUCUCUCUCCCUCUCCACCGCUCUCCACCCCAACCCAGCUCCUGUCCCUCCCUCACAAGCACCACUGAGCGGUGAAGCAUCGUUGGGCCAGCAAUCAGUCUGCCCGCAUGCUUCGUCCUCUCAAACCGGUGCUAGCGGUCCCAGCGGUGCUACAGAUGUGACUAUAAAGAGUGUGACUACAGGAGGUGCUGCUGCUGCUCCUCCGCUCACCCUUCGCCUGUGCAACAUCCACGCUAACAGCAGCCUUCUCUCUUCCCUUCACCUCAUCCCCACCCUCCACACUCUCGUCCUCCCUCCUCUCUCUUGGCUUACCACUAUCCCUCCCUCACUCUCCCUCUCCCCUUCCCUCUCCCUCAUACGCUUUAUAGACUGGAGCAACCUGUCUGGGUUACCAGAAGAGGUGGCUAGUGCUCCUAGUGUUUUAAAGGAGGUUGAGAUAAGGGGGGAGCACAGUGUGGGGUAUCUGUCAUCCAAACUUCAGGAGUUGGUUCGUUUCAGGGAGAGUAGAUGUUUAGUGUAA